AAGCAGUGAAAUUUCUCAAAGGGACUUUUUACAGACAAUUUAAAAUUUGUCUUUUACUCCAUGUUGUAGAGGAAGACGAUGCUGAGGAAGUGCCAGAAUUUCAGGUGUCUGGGAAAAUUGGAGCAAAGAAGCAGAGGAAAUUAGAAGAGAAACAAGCCAGAAAAGCACAGAGAGAGGCUGAAGAAGCAGAACGAGAAGAACGGAAAAAACUUGAGUCAAAAAGAGAGGAGGAAAGGCGGAAAGAAGAGGAGAGGCUACAUCUCGAGGAAGAACGACAGGAAGAGGAAAAAAGGAAGGCAAAGGAAGAAGAGGAGAAGAGAGAGUAUGAAGAGUACCUGAAGCUGAAGGAGAGUUUUGUAGUUGAAGAGGAAGGGGUUGAAGAAUCAAUGACAGAGGAAGAGUCUCGCAGCUUCCUAAUGGAGUUUCUCGAAUAUGUUAAGAAAACAAAGGUAAUCCAGCUGGAGGACUUGGCUUCACAUUUGGGUUUAAGAACACAGGAUGCAAUCAACAGAAUCCAGGACCUGAUGGCAGAUGGCACUCUAACAGGUGUGAUUGAUGACAGAGGAAAGUUCAUCUACAUCACUCCAGAGGAAAUGGCUGCUGUGGCUCAGUAUAUCAAACAGAGAGGACGAGUCUCCAUCGCAGAGCUGGCCCAAGCCAGCAAUUCCCUCAUCAACCUCCAGCCUGACAACCGAGCUGUUGCUUCAACUGUGGCGUGA